CAGGACACAAAAUCUUUCUGCAUUGUGUAUUUCCAGCGUAACCCAAGAUGGCAUAUUAUACUUCAGUUUUUAUAUGUUUGUUGUGUAUCUUUACUGAUGGAACAGUUGCAUCUUCCCCAAUAAGAGACCAGGUUUUGUAUAUCAAGCCUAAAUCAGAUGAAGAGAUUCAAGUUAUCAAACAAAUAUCCAACCAAUAUCAGACAGCUUUGUUUCAACCAAUCUCAAUGGAUGCUAUUGGGAUCAACCAAGAAAUUCACCUUUACAUCAAUGCCACUGAUAUUGAAGAGGUGAGAUCUCAUCUGGCUGCAGGAAACAUCACGUACAGUGUAAUAAUCGAGGAUGUUGAACAGCUCAUAAAAAGUCAAAAACCCUCAAGUCAUCCCCGUGCCUUCAAUUCUUACUAUGAAAAGUAUCAUCCAUUGCAAGAGAUCUAUUUAUGGAUGUCACAAAUUGUAAGAGCAUAUCCACCCCUCAUUCAAAGAAUUCUUAUUGGGCCAUCGGCUGAGAAACGACUGAUCUAUGUCUUAAAGAUUUAUAAAGGUGUUAACGCGUCAAAAGGCGCCUUUUGGAUUGACUGCGGUAUCCAUGCCCGGGAAUGGAUAUCACCCGCUUUCUGUCAGUGGUUUGCGCAAUAUCUUAUAGAUACACAGGACGUUGUGAUCAAUGGCAUUCUAAAAUCAUAUGAGAUAUACAUCCUCCCUGUAUGGAACGUUGAUGGCUACGAUUACACGUGGACAACGGAUCGUUUCUGGAGGAAGAACCGCUCCAAGAAUAAUGUGAAGGGAUGUAUAGGUACUGACCUAAACCGCAACUGGGACGCAAACUGGGGUGGACAGGGUUCAUCAAAAAACCCAUGCAGUGAAAUAUACAGUGGGCAAUACCCAGAGUCAGAACCAGAGGUGAAAGCUGUAGCUGCCUUCAUUAGACAGAGAUCUGAUCACAUCAAGAGCUAUAUCUCAAUACAUUCGUACUCUCAAAUGAUUUUGUUUCCAUAUUCCUAUAAAAGGUCCAGAUCAAAGGAUCAUACUGAAUUGUAUUACUUAACAGGGAAGGCUGCCAGUGCUCUAAUGAAACUGCAUGGGACUAGAUACACACAUGGACAGUCAGCUGAAUUGAUCUAUUUAACCAGUGGAUCUUCGGAUGACUGGGCUUACGACUUGGGCAUUAAAUAUUCGUUUACUUUUGAACUUCCUGAUACUGGAAAAUAUGGUUUCUUCCUCCCCCCUCAUCUAAUAAAACCAACUUGUGAAGAGACCAUAGUUGCUUUGAAAGUAAUCCUCCAGUAUCUUGCUUGAAAUGUUUGAACAACAUUAACUAUUUGCUCAUGAGCAUCAACAGAAAUGUCUGGUUGACUGGCUUUUAUAUGUACAACCACUGUAAUUUUACUAGUUAACUCCAGUCUAUACCAGACAAUUUUGCCAAUCUUCAAUUAAAGUAUUUUAAUUCUACAAUAUUUGAAUUUAACAAAUAUGUAAACUUAAGAGUUUAAAAUCUGAAUUAGUUAACUUUGAAUUAAAAGUGUACACUAAGGAAUAUAUGUUAGAGUGAUUUUUGGGUUUAGGUCAUUUACAUUUAGCCAAUGGCUUUGGCUACCAGUCUUCUGUUCCUCGACAAUGUAUCGUGGAUUUAGUUUGCAUUCCUAAAAGCCGUGAAUCCCAGUCCAGACGAUGCUGGCGUCUGUGGUAUGGAUGCAAAUCAGGUGGUGUGAAAUUUGUAUGUAGUUUCAAAAGAAAGCAUUGUCUAUACUUUGUAAAUAUGGAAUUGUCCUUUGAAGUUUGGCACCUAAAAUAUUGAGCCUCACUUUGGG